CGCGCCGCGGCCACCCACGUUUGGCAAUAAUUUCCCAGCAUUCUUUUCGCACGGUCUUUUUCGCCAUUUUUGAGCUAGCGGGCCAGGUGAGCUCUCCAACAAAGAAAAGCCAAGAUGCCAGGAAGGCUGUGGAGCAAGGCCAUCUUUACAGGCUACAAGCGCGGCCUGCGGAACCAGCGCGAGCACACGGCGCUGCUCAAGCUGGAAGGCUGCUACAGCCGCGACGAGGUCGACUUCUACCUGGGCAAACGAUGCGCUUACGUCUACAAGGCCAAGAAGAACACGGUGACGCCCGGCGGUAAGCCCAACAAGACACGCGUGAUUUGGGGCAAGGUGAUGCGCGCCCACGGCAACAGCGGCAUGGUGAGGGCAAAGUUCACCAGCAACCUGCCCGCCAAAGCCAUCGGACAUCGCAUACGAGUGAUGUUGUACCCUUCCCGAGUGUGAGCACCGCCGCCUCUCUCCGGCAGCUUGCUGUUGUUUGUAAAUAAACAAUAAAAAGUUGACACGCCGAA